GAUAACACAUUGAUAUAUUUAUCAAUACUGAAUAUAUUGGAGGUUGGUUUAAUAUGGAUUAAAAAAUGUUUAAAUGAAAUGUUAGAUUUAUGCUAAAACAUUACCUUUUUUCUGUCUCAGAUGAUGGGGUGGAUGUUCCGUUGCCUUGUCACCUGCUGGAUGUGGUGUUCUCUCCUCUCCAUACUGAAUGCAGAAGAAGAGCCAGAACUAGGUGGGCCAAGAGAAUGCAAGAAUGCUCCCUUCGUACCUGGUUACACUCUUGGGGGAAAGGGCUUUGACAUUGUGAAGAUGGAGCGGAAAGAGUCUAAUGUGAUCAACAUGAUGAAGUGGGACAGAGGGAAACGCAGUUGCCUAAUCUAUCGAAACGCAUAUUUGAAGAAUGUUAAACAGAAGAUACCUGCAGCUGUGACCUUCUGGAGAACCCUCCCAAAAUGUUCAAUGAAGGUUGGCAGCAUGAUUUAUGACUCCAGUGAAGCUCUUGUGGGAGACUCUACCUCACCGAUUUCAAACAACUGGGAAAAUGGACUGAAUAUGCCACAUGCCAAUGGUUGGGGUUAUUUAGGAGGCACUCAUUCCCGUGAAACACAAUAUGGUAUAGAGAAGUCCAAAGAAGACAAAUACAGUUUUACCAAGCAUGUUGUCGAAUGCAGCUUCUACAGCUACAAAAUAGCUUCUUCACCACCACUGCAUUGGAACUUUCUUCAGGCUGUUAAGUCUCUUCCUCGAAAAUAUAAUUCAGAAUCUUAUCAAGCCAUAAUUGACACAUUUGGCACACACUAUAUCACAGGAGUGCUUUUGGGUGGUAGGAUGAAAGCUAUAACAGCCAUUAGAACCUGCAAAGCAGAAAUUAAUGGCCUUACCGACACAGCAGUUAAAGACUGUUUGGAUGUGGAGGCAUCGGGUACACACAAAAGUAACGCCAAGAAUGCAGAAUACCGUCAGUGUCAAAAGCUGAAGAAGAGAAUGAACACAAAUGAUAAAUUCAGCUCAAUAUUUAAUGAUCGACAGACAGAGAUUAUUGGAGGCAACAACAAUGGUGAGGAUAUCCUUUUCUCUCCUACUUCACAUCCAAAUGCACGAAAAGCGUGGGUGGAAUCUCUGAAGACCAUCCCAGAUGUGGUGAGGUACUCUCUUCAACCCCUGCACUUAUUGCUGAAUAAGAAACACCCUGCCAGGAGAGGCAUAAAGAAAGCAACUGAGAAGUAUAUCAUUGCAAAUGCUUUAAAAAAUGUAUGCUAUGGGUCUUGUAAGAUUGGCCAUCGCACUAAUCCAAGGGAUCGCUGUGCCUGUGUCUGUGAAAGUAGUCAAGUUAUUACGGCCAACUGCUGUCCUGCUGAAAAAAAUCUAGCCACACUGAGGGUUUACAACCUCCAUGCCACUGGAUUAUAUGGAGAUGUCAUCACUGAAACAGAUGGCUCGGUUGUAGUUUCUUACGGGUCCACAAUCAAACGUACUAAAGUGAUUGACAAUAACAACAAUCCCUGGUGGAAAGAAUCAUUUGAGUUUGGUCCUGUCAAGCUGUCCAAAGGCCGAAAACUCACUUUCAAAAUAUACGACGCAGACACUUACUGGAACAGCGACUUUCUUGGACAGUGCUCCAUUGACCUGAGAAAUGGAGAUGUUACUAAUGCAUGUUAUCUCCAACAUGGAACUUUCUUUUACACCUAUUCAGUAAAAUGUGCUCCCAGUCUGCAAGGUAAACUGUGUGAAAAUUAUAGUCGUUCUCCAAUGGACACCGAGCUGGCCGAGGUAUUCCACUCCAGGAACGGCAUUCUGGUUAAAGAUAUGUGGAAACUCCAGUCAGCUCAGAACAACUCCAGCAAGCUCUACUAUAAGAGUGAUCAUCUGUAAUAGCAGAACCAGAUCAUGUCCAGCAGUUAUGUUACUGAAACAGCUUAGCUUUUUUCGCUUGUUUGACAAAUUAAAAAUAAAUUUCAAGAAAAUACAAUAAUCUUGCUUUGCCAAUGCAUGCUGAGCUUUUGCCUUGUAUGAUGUAC